AUGCAAGGCACAACAGGGUUUUCCUACUUUGUGGCGUUUGCCAGCGUCAUUUCGGUAUUCAUGAGUUUCUUCUUUGCGGUGGAAUUCCCCGUGAUUGUGCCCUACUUUGAGAAUCGCAACAGCCCCAAGACGUGGUGCAUACAAGGAUUGCAAGCCGUGUUGUUUGUGGGAUUGGCAGGCGCCGUCUCGUUUUUGACUUGGUCGGCCAUUGAAGGCAAUUUCAGUAUCCUCUUUGAAGCGAUUGCCAUUUUGUACAUUUGCCUGUUUUUGUUUUACGUUGGCUUUGCCCACAAGGACGUUCCCGUCAUCAAAUCAAGCUUUCAAAAAUACGCAAUGCAAAUCGGAGUGGUCUUUUAUAUCAUUAUGCUUCCGGGCCUCGUUUGUUUUGCACUCUCCUAUCGCAACCAAACCUUGACGGGGGAGUACCGCAAAAUUGACAUGCUCAUUCAAAACAGCACGGUCGAGUUUGACGGUCAAUAUCCAUGUCAUGAUGGAAAUGGACGUGAUUGCGGGGCAUACAAGGCUACUUUCAAUGUCAAUUGGGGACACGAAUGGGCGUGUCCCGACCAUAAGGAGGUUUGGUGUGAAGAAUGGAUUGUGGAACCGGAUUGCAUGGUUGUGGUUGAAGAUUCCACCACGACGCUCAAUGAUUUUACCAUGUAUGCAGCCCAGGUCGAACAAUGCGUUCAGGAAACUUAUGGACUUCCGGUCAUGGGAUCACAUCUAGACACUACGAAAUACCCUGACCUAAAGGACAAUUGGCCCGAAAUUCCAUUCUUGGGAUCCUGCUCGUCCCGCUGUUCCGCCAAACCGCUGGACACGGAUAUGUUCCUCAUUGCCGAGAGAAUCAAGCUUGCGGGACUUGUUCUCAGCUGUUCGGGUGCCUUUCUUUUCUUCAUCUAUUACUCCCUCAUCUUUGGACAAGAUAUGAAGGAUGUUUGCACUGCCUGUAGUCGGCAAUCCAAACACUUGCAACACAAUUUUCUGACCUUUCGAUGGAUGCUACAUCAUCGAGGAGUACUUGGUGGUGGUGGUGGCCCUGUCAGCAACAGUACGACAAGUCACGAAGGAAAUUCGGAUUCGGAUGAUUUCAGUAGUCAUGAUAGUGCUGCUGAUGGUAGUGAUUCCAAUGGUAUUGGUAGUCAUGAUGAACAGGAUGAGGAAGAAGGAGGAGGAGGAUCCAGGUCGGAUCAGGAAGACGGCAGCAGCAGCAGCAGUGUGGAAAUGGAACUGGAUCAAACGACGCGGGCGCCCUAUAAUGGUCCAGUCAUGGCGAAGGCCGAAAUUUUGUACUCGUCGUCGGAUGACGAAGAUGAUGAUGAUGAUUAUGAUUACAGCAGUGACGAGGACGAAGAGUCUGGAUCCUACCAUGAUAGUAAUGAUGAAAUGUCCUCCUCCUCCUCACAAGAAGACGACGACGCCGACUCUCAAAAAGAAGAAGAAUCAUCAUUGGCAUCGCUGGAUGCUAGCAGUGGGAGCGGUAGCUACGAUGUUGGUGGUGAAAGUCUGGAGGAUGUUGAAUUGUCUGCGGAACCAUGUGGAUCUUACAAUAAUAGCCAGCGAGAAGGAGAAGAGCAAGAAGAAGUGGAUUCAUUGUCAUCGACCGGCGAGUCACGAUGCAACAAGUCAGCGUCGACGGGUUCCAAGGUGGAAGAAGUGGAAAUUGAGGUCUAG